UUAAAAGCAAAGGUUUAGCAGCAUUUGAAGAGCUUCUAAAGCAAAUCGAUGAGAUGAGUGGAAAAGUAAAAGCAAAAGAACAGGAAAUUGCCUCUCUGUCCACCGAGAUGUCAGAAAAAAACAAAGAAGUAGCAGUUGUUAAUGCUAACCUAGCUUCAAGAAUCGACGCUGAAGAUGAUUUUGCUAAGUAUAAAUUAACUGCACAAAAAUUGUUGGCUGAUCAAACUGAAAAGAUAAACAAGCUUGAGAAACAACCUAACAAAGAUUCCGAGAUUUAUCAUCUGAAGAAAGAUUUGAGAGAUGCCUUGUUAAGAUUAAAACGAUGGCAAGAUGAUGCUAUGGCCAAGAACGUUGAAGCCUCAAAACUACGAAGUGAACUUGAAAUACUAAAAAGUGAACGCGAUGCAAACCUUUUGGCAUUGCAAGAGAAAUAUGAUGUGCUUAAGGAGGAAACCGAUGUCAAGUUAAAAAAGAUCGAAAGAGACUUGCUCGACGCUAAGUCAACUAAUUCAGAGAAAGUCUUAGAAUACGAGAGAAAAUUAGAAAGAUGUAAGCUGGAGCAAGGAGAGGAGCUACAAAAAGUAAAGGAUCAAAUUCAAGAAGAAUCUGGCAGUUACACAAACAAAGUGAAACUGAUGGAGGAUAGAGAGCAAGUCUAUCAGCAGACCUUGAAAGAAUCGAGAGCAAAAGUGAGUGAAUUACAAAAAGUUCAAGCUGAGCUUAGAGAUAAAAUAGCCGAACUCGUUCCAAAGGAAGAACUAAACACAUUGAAUCAAAUGGUUGAAUCUAUCGCUUCAGAGAAAAAUGCUGUUGAAAUGACUUUGAAAGAGUUGAAAGAUAAACAUGACUCUCUGGCCAAUGAAGUGCUUAGAUUGAAUGAUGAUUUGGUUAAACAGAAAGCUGAAAAAAAUCAAUUACUUGAAGAUAUUGAAAGAGUUAGACGGCAAUUAUAUAAAUUCAAGCCAUUGGUAGAGAAUGAACUGACUAUUAGUGAAGAUGAUAAAGUGCCUUUUGUUGAACUGGUAAGCGGGAAAAUUAUCGUUCACAGAGGAUACUUAGAUAAUCGAAUUAUAGUCCCUCACUUCAAUGAUUCAGCUUUUAUUUCUGCUCUUGGGUUCGAUGCUUAUGGUUACCUAGAUAAAAUUGGCCGAUUACUAACCACAAACGAGGUUAGCAUGAGUGCCGAGAAACCUGCUGCUCUUGAUUUCCAGCCUCACUUGAUGUUUGUAAACUCUGACAUUGUAUCUGAGCACUUUGUUGGAGACAAAUCAGCAAGGGUCCUUCGUGUUUUACCCUUGAGAGGAGACGAAAAGAAGCAAAUAAUUCAUGAAAGAUUCAUGAAGCCUCAUUAUUAUCCGCUAAGGUCAAAUAGAAUGGAAGAUGUAAAUUUCAUUUUAAGUGAUGAGACCGGAGAACAAGUAAAAUUCAACUCAGGUCGAGUUUGUAUUGGGUUACAUUUGAAAAAAGUUGUAUAA